AUGCCCCCGUUCUGGGCUCUGCUGUCCGAGAACAGUAUCAUGUACUCCACUCUGCUCGACUCCUGGUCUAACGUUGUUAAUGGAGUCUCAACACUUUGUUUUGUGUUCAAGGAUGAAUUGUGCUCUAACAUCAGACUAUUGAUGGCAGUCCAGCCUCCUCUUGAGAAAAGCGUUAAGAUUGUACCGGGCAAUGCUACAUUGCAGGCUUUGCCGCUGAUGGCUGACAAAUGGUAUCAAUACCAUUUCAUCAACGGUUUGGGCAUUUCUUCCGUGGUUAUUAAUCAGGUUAAAACGGGUGUCGUCGGCCACAAUGUUAAGAUGUCAUCACGGGCCUAA